GGGGUGGCUAUCCGAGGCAAGUGCGAGGCCGAGAACAGCUCAGGAGAUAACCAGAUACUACCAAGCUCUCGAAGACGAGGCCUGGCGCGCAGAUCUCUCGAGGCUAAACGGGAAGAGUAACUUAGAGCAGGCCACUCCUAUUCAGUUCGCUACAUCCCGUCUGCCAGAAGCGCCACCUCGAAAAAUGGCGAGCCUCCAAGUCAGAGGUGCCGACUUUUCGGUUACCAAGCAGAAGGCCAUCGAAGAUGCGAAGAAAAUGCAAGAUUCACUCUACGACGAGUGUGCCAAGGCCGGGAAAGAUGUCCCUUCUUACCUACUGCAAGAACUGAUUGGCAAGGGAAGUUUUGGUCGGGUCUACAAGGCAACUGACCUGAAUACCAAGGCUCUUGUUGCUGUGAAGAUAAUCGAUAUCGAGGGGAGCGAUACGCUCAAUCCAAAACUGGCCGACACAUAUAGCGAGUUUAUGAAGGAGAUCAACGCCCUCAAGCUCCUGAGCGAGAGUGGGGCCAAGAACAUCAAUCACGUCCUGGACGUGCUCCCUGUUGGCGAGUCGAUGUGGAUGGUUACCGAGUACUGCGCUGGAGGCAGCGUUGCGACUCUGAUGAAGCCCACUGCUCCGGGGGGUCUUCAGGAGAAGUGGAUCAUCCCCAUCCUCAGAGAAGUUGCAGAGGCCAUGUUCUGGGUCCACAAACAGGGGAUCAUCCAUCGAGACAUCAAGUGCGCAAACGUCCUGGUUACUGAGCCAGGCGGAGUCCAGCUGUGCGACUUUGGCGUGGCCGGCAUUAUAGAGACCAAGUUCGACAAGCGGUCCACCUUCAUUGGAACGCCUCACUGGAUGGCACCGGAGCUCUUCGAUCCCUCUGCUUCAUACGGCACAGAGGUCGACAUCUGGGCCUUUGGGUCCAUGGUGUUCGAGAUAGCAUCUGGUCUCCCGCCAAAUGUGAUGGCUGGCAUUGACAUCACUCAGCUUGGCAACUACCUCAAGACACAUACUCCUCGUUUAGAGGGGGAUAGAUACUCGGCACAGAUCCGAAACCUCGUUUCCUUCUGCCUCGAGGAAGACCCUGCAAAGCGGCCCACGAUCGAAGAUGUCCAACGCCAUCCAUACAUUAGCAACACGAGCAACGUUUUCCCCACGUACACGCUCGCGGAACUGGUCAAGGCCUACAAGCUCUGGGAGGCACGGGGCGGGAGCCGGAAGUCGCUCUUCGCAAUGGGUGGCGCACAAGGGCCGUUGGACUAUUCGUCGACAGCCCUUGCGAACGAUGAGUGGAAUUUCAGCACAACUGUCGACUUCGAUAUGCUUGUGCUCGAGAACCCGGAUGCCCAGGCCGUCUACAACGUGUACGGGUCCCAAGUUGACUUUCAGUUCAACGACGAGACCUCUCGCCCUUCUAAGCCCAAGUCGCGCCGGAGACCACCACCACACCUUCCCGCUGUCAAGGCCCCGCUCGAGAAGGUCUUUGAUCCGAAUACUAUCUCCAACUACGAGGAGAAUGCUCGACUCUACUACAACAAACCGAUCCCCCCUUCGACAUCCGAUCUCCCUCUCAGGGACAACUCGUUCCAGUCGACAUUGAGAGAAUCCCUCAUCGACCUUGACGCAUCGUUCCACGGCACUGACCUGUCGCAGCUUGCCGACAUGGAGACCAUCAGGGCUGGGCCCAGAGCUUCGGUUGAUUACAGCUUCGAAGAGACCCUCGACUUCAGUAAGGCGCCGCUCAGUGACCCAGCCGAUUUGAAGAACAACCGUCGUACCCAGGAAUGGAAAUUCCCCGUCAUACCCCCGCCGCCAGCUACGGCGAACCCAGAGAUGUCCCGCUUUCCCUUCCAUGAGGACCGUCCUACAAUGGUCCCCAGCUUAGCCGCCCGCCCACCUCUCAUCCACCAUCCGACCGAACCGGCCAAUUUUCCUUCCCAGAGCUAUGACCUCAUGGUCCCACAGACACAGGACAAUCGUGCCUCCAUGGGGAGCCUGAUUGAUCUCGAUGAAAGCCUGGCCAUGCCAGAGCUUACUCGUCCCUCCACUGCUAACUCGGACGCGGCCUCGGUGUCUGGAUCAGAUGUUGGUGGACCCGCAAAUCCCUUCGACCUUGAGCGCCAUGCCUCGCUGUACGAGCCAUUGAGGUCUACGACGAGGGAACCGUCGAUCUACGUCUCUGACGAUAGUGACUUUGCCCGCUUGGCCAGGGCGCCGGAUGAUCUCGACAGCGCCCCUGACUUCUCCGCGAACGGCAGUGGAAUGCACAGCCGGACUAGCAGCUACGGUGAUGGCGGAUAUUCGGGAAGCGAGUACCUAGACACGGACUACUUGACCAUGGCCAGCAACCGCCAGCCACCCGCUCGACCCGACGCCCAACAACAGCAACACCAGGAACACCAGGCCGCCCAGCAGCACGGCCAUCUGAACGGACAUGGUUCAAAUUUGCCGCCAGCACCAGCGCCACCCUCGGCCCGAGUCAUGCAGGGCAUAGCCAGCCCCGAGGAAGUGCGCGGCGACAUAAUGCGAAUGCUGUCCAGUUUCGCAGAUCAUCUCAGCUAUUCGAACGCCCAACUGUCGUACCUCCCGGUCCGCCGGACAGGGCGGCAGGGGGGCGGGCUGGACUCUCCAUGAUGAAUACUCAAUUUUCAGAAAUGGAGUUGGCUAGGAGGAGUAUCGAUAUCUCCGUCUUUUGUACACUUAGAUUUGAUUAAUUGACUCAAUUCAAUUGGGCAGCUCCCCUGCCUAGUAUCUCCAGUCGCUGCAGCUGGUCUGUGGGCAGGCG